GGGCGGCGGUCCCAGCGCGCAGAGCGUCUCAUAAGGUGCCAUGUUCUUUGCUGUCCAGCACGAUUGCGGUCCCAUGGACAAAAGUGCAGGCAGCGGUCACAAGAGUGAGGAGAAGCGGGAGAAGAUGAAACGGACCCUUUUAAAAGAUUGGAAGACCCGUUUGAGCUACUUCUUGCAAAAUUCCUCCACUCCUGGGAAGCCCAAAACAGAUAAGAAAAGCAAACAGCAAACUUUCAUGAAGCCAUCUCCUGAGGAAGCACAGCUGUGGUCGGAAGCAUUUGAUGAACUGCUAGCCAGCAAAUAUGGUCUUGCUGCAUUCAGGGCUUUUUUAAAAUCUGAAUUCUGUGAAGAAAACAUUGAAUUCUGGCUGGCCUGUGAAGACUUCAAAAAAACCAAAUCACCCCAAAAGCUUUCCUCAAAAGCGAGGAAGAUAUACACUGACUUCAUAGAAAAGGAAGCUCCGAAAGAGAUAAACAUAGACUUUCAAACCAAAACUCUCAUUGCCCAGAAUAUUCAAGAGGCGACAAGCGGCUGCUUUACGACUGCCCAGAAGAGGGUGUACAGCUUGAUGGAGAACAACUCCUACCCACGCUUCUUGGAGUCCGAGUUCUACCAGGACUUGUGCAGAAGGCCACAGAUCACCAUGGAGCCCCAUGCUACCUGAGAUGAAGAGGGAGCCCAAAUGGAGGGCAUUUCACUCUUUUUCCUACGGGGAAGGACUGUGGCCUGCCAAAGAGACUGACCUUGAAUUCAGCCUGGGUGUUGAGGAAAUGUCACUCAGGACUAUUGAUUCAAAGUUGGGUAGUAAGUCAGGAAGUCCGUGCUUGUCAAGAGAAGCUCACAUCAGAAUGGCUUCCAUCUCUGUGUGAACUCAGGGAGGGAAUCUGCUCUGAAUGAGGCGCUGUCUCAGCGGACAAGCAGGAAUGUGGGAUGGAAGAUACGGUGACACAUUAUCGGUCCCAAAGCACUGAAAAUGGCUAGGUCUGGGAUUAUGUGGCCUUAGCUGGCGGGCUGUACCUCUUCCCCCAAAAGGGUCCAUGUCACCACGUGGUGGUUUUAGUUUUAGUUUUUUAGUACUAAGAAGGAAAAUGUUUACUGUGUGUGUGCGCGUAAAUUCUUACGACCACAGGGCAUCAGUUGCGUUGCUGACGGAAUGCUGAGAUUGCCGUGUGUGUGUGUGUCCUCGGGUGGUGUGUGACAGGUGAGUGCUGCUGUGGAACUAUGGUGUGCCAGAAACUGUCUUGAAGGCAGCUAAACCUGGAAGUCGUCUUUGAACACUUCUAAUAAAUUUAUUUUGAUAAAUAAUUUUAAUGAC